UCUUCCGCCACCCUUCCCACAGAGGUCGAACUCGAACCAUUUAUAAAAAAGUUCAAAAGAAUGAACCCCUCGGGUCACAUUGAAAAUGUAGCUUCUGCCAAAAUAAACAUUGGCUGCGACAUAUAUUCCCAUAAUGGUACCUCAUUCUUGCCCCACUUGGGUAGCGGUUCAACGGACGAACUUACCGAAUGUUUGACAAAUAUUAAGGACAACAUGUUCCUGAGCCGUUCGUACACUCCCUUGUCCGUGUCAGAGCUGUGUAACUUCGCCACGGAGUAUGAAGUACCUGGCGUACCAAAGAUUGGCGAUCACUUUUCCAAAAUAGAUAAUCUCAGUGCCGAUGCAGUGAGAUUAUUCGGGCUCAAGAUUUUGGACCAGGUAUCCAAAACUGACGACUCUACGACCAAAGAAAUAUGCUCCAAACCCAUCAAAUGCUCCGGAAGGAGUGUAGAAUUUUCUAACCUUGGCACAACAAGUGCUUCUAAGUUUUCCCAGAUGAGUCUUAUUGCAAGUGGAGAUCCAUUAGCAUUUGCACUGGAGACCUUCGCCGACUUCAUUGAAGAAAUCAACGAUACUAAGGUGUACAGUAUUGAAAAGCUUGUAUCUCAAUAUUGGAAAGUUCAGGAACAGUGGUCGAGCGAGAUCGAGAAGAUAAAGAAGCGAAAGAAAAAACCCCCAGCCUCAUCGAAAAGACGAAACUCCACUGGAGAGGCAGAAAAAGAAGAAAAGGUAGACUAUGAGCAACAAGAAAUGGAUCUGCUCGCAAACAAACCGUUCCUGUCCUUCCCCGAAUAUUAUCAAAUUAACACCCGGCUGCACGCUGAAAAAUACUCUCCGAACGGGAAAAUAGAUGUGGAGAGGUACCCCAACCCUGAUUUUAGUUUUCUGACUGAUUCUAAGAAAAAUCUGAAUGUACCUGGAGAUGUUCUGCUUCUAUUAUGUUGUGGUGUGGGAAUAUAUGCUCCUGAAGAUUCUAGAGUCAACAGUGGCGGUUACCUCGAGCAAGUGAUAUCACUAGCAAAAACAGGAAGAUUGGCGUAUCUGGUAGCGGACCAUAACAUAGCAUACGGAGUCAACUUCCCCUUCUCCCGGACGAUAGUGUGUGAUGAUUUCACUGCAGAUCAUAGCAUGAACACCGUCUUUCAACUCAUGUCUCGAGCAGGUCGUGUUGGUCAGAGCUGGUUUGCAGAAUCCUUCGUAUCAGACGAAGUGGUGAGUACAAUGAGAGACUAUUCUCACUCCGAUAAGUCACCCGAUGGUCAGGUGGAGAUUAAGAACAUGAUAAGUGUAGCACGGGAAAUAACGAUAAGAGACCGUGAACAGAGGCAAGCCCGCGAGGGUAUAGGGGGUCUGUGAUGAUAGGGCAGGAUAUUUAGGUGAAGUCUUGUUUUAGGGACAAUUUGUAUUGUUGUUUACUGAGGGGUAUUGUAAAUUUUGCAUCUACGUAACAUUGAUAUUCUCAUUUCUCAUGAUACUAUAUAUUUAAAAUCUUUGUUUGGUCAAGUAUUGGGUCGUUUUUCGGGUAGUCGAUGAAGGUUUAGUGUAGUGAAGUUGUCCAUCAAAUUGUUGGAUAACGUGUCCGUUAUUUUCCUUCUUAAAAUUUGCUUUUUUGCAGAUUGAUUAUAGGGAAGUAGCCAGUUGUGUUAAUCAUAAUAUAUUGUGAAUUGUUUGUAGGUAAAAUAGGCGAAGCAGGGAAAGUAAUUUAUUUUAUGGAAUGUCUUUCAUAUAUUUUAAUGCACUUUAAAGUUAAUACUUCGAAACCUUGUGAUUCUGGUUUUAGAAUAUUGGCUAGGUCUAAAUUGGUAUUAGUGAGUUUCCCGGCAUGGCUUCUAUAUCUCAAGUUUUCCACAAUACUUUUUAUUUUGAAAUGUCCUGAUGACGUGAAAAAAUAUGUUGGCAGAGGAAAAAUCUUUUUCAGAUUAGGUUAUUUUUAGUCACAUCACCUCCUAAGUUUUAAAAGUAUCAUUAAUAUUUUAAUGUUAAAGCCACAGCGAUCACAAUCAAUUCUCAUUUCUAGUUCAUCUCUAUUUGUAAAGCUGGUUUCAAUUUGGGCAUUGGGAUCAUGUUUAUUUUUUAUUUGUAGUGUAACAUCAAUUGUUAGGGUGACCUAAUUUGUAUUGCGCUAUCCUUGGUUUGGAAUGAUUGUAAAAAGAAUUAUAUUGCAUUUACUUAAACAAAAGAUACUAGUUAAGUUCAGAUAACCCUUCUUGCCACUCGCAUAUGUUAGAUGAUCAACUUUAUCCUAUCUCAAAUUUAUUUAAAUUCUGUGUGGGUUUAUAAUUUAAAUUAUAUUGAUAUGAUGUGAUUGCCAUCUUUUUAAUAUCCAUCAUAGAUCAAACUUGGUUCAAUAGAAUCGAUAGAGUUCGUUUUAAGAACUAUCAUUGAUCGCACCUAAAUAGCCCCUGUGAUUUUCUAUAACUCUAAACUUUGCUACUGAUGGGAAGAUGAUGUAAAUGUGAUAUAACAGACAACAUUUGACCUGUGACUUGAACGAAUUACUAAUUUGAUCGCUGAUUAGUUAAUCGAGCUGUUAUCAAAUUACAUUUGUGUCUCCUCCCCUCCGGUAGUCUAGUCUGUAAGUUUGAGCUGCCCUUUAUAAGCUUUAUUUGAUUAGAGAACAUGUUUUAUCAUUCGUAGUUGUCUAUAUUGAUCCAUUUUUGGAUUUUCACUUUCAAAUUUUUCUGCUCC